AUGAGUUUUAAAUCUAAAGUCGUAAUUGUCACGGGUGCGAGCUCUGGCAUUGGGGCCUAUAUUGUCACAGCUUUUGCCAAAGAGGGCGCCGACGUCGUUUUAGUAGCACGAAAUGAAGAAAGAUUAAAAAAAGUCGCUAAAGACUGCGAAGAAUUCGGCUGCGAACCACUCAUCGUUCCAGCAGAUAUCACAAACGACGAUGAAGGGAAAAGCGUAAUCGCUAAGACAAUUGAGAAAUUCGGACGACUGGAUGUGCUAGUUAAUAGCGCUGGUAUAUUGCGUACAGGUCUGCUCGAGAAAGGAGACAUAAUGGAAGUCUUCGACGAGGUUAUGAAGAUAAACGUGAGGGCUGCUGUAAAUUUGAUGAAGUUUGCUACUCCACACUUGAUUAAAACUAAGGGCAAUAUAAUCAGUAUUUCAAGCGUAGGUGGACAGCAGGUGUUUGCAGAAUUCAUGGCCUCCUACUCAACAUCAAAGGCUGCACUUGACAUGUUCUCUCGUGGUGCUGCUGUUGAACUUGGAAAACACGGCGUAAGAGUGAAUGUUGUUAGUCCUGGAGGUGUAUUAGGAACUAGUUUAUUGGCCAAUGCUGGCUUCGAUCCAAAAUUAACACCUGAUGAUGUCGCAUUUAAAUCUCUUCUAGGCAGAUGGAGUGAACUUCAAGAGAUUGCUGAUUUAGUUUUGUUCCUAGCAAGUGAUAAAGCUAAGGGAGUCACCGGUAGCAACUAUACGUGCGAUAAUGGUUACCUAAACGUUAAACAUUGUUUUAAAAAUGGUGUGUUGAAUUCAAAAUAA